GCAUUGGCUGCAACAUUGUUGCUUGUCAUGGUGUUGCCCCUAGCCGCACUAGAGGGUGUUCAUGGCGUCUGUGGCAUGUCGAAUGAUGAAUUCAAACUUUGCCAACCCGCAGCGGCAGUGAAUAACCCGACGGACAGCCCAUCGGCUGAGUGGUGUGCCGCGCUUGCGAAGGCCAACCUAUCAUACAUUUGCCGCUACAAAGGCAUCGCCGGUAUAUGGCUGAGAAUGUACCACAUCAACGCAAACCACGCCAUGGUGCUGCCCGGCAAGUGCGGUCUCAUCUUGCCCAACAACUGCUCGUGA